AUGUCUUUACUACCAUUACUUUUGGAUUAUGAAUUAGAACGUCCUCGUCGUAUUCUCGAUCAGCAUUUCGGCUUGGGGAUAUCUCCGGACGAUCUUUUGAACGUUGUGUGCGGUCCGACUUUGAGUCGCGAUUACUACCGGCCCUGGCGUCAUCUUGCAGCCGCUGCAAGAGACGUCGGCUCCAGCAUCAAGACGGACAAGGAUAAGUUCCAAGUGAACCUAGAUGUGCAACAUUUCAACCCUGAGGAGAUCAGUGUUAAAACGGCCGAUGGCUACGUCGUCGUGGAAGGGAAGCACGAAGAAAAGAAGGAUCAGCAUGGAUAUAUUUCGCGUCAGUUUUGCCGCCGGUAUGCUCUGCCGGAGGGUUGUGUGCCUGAAACCGUGGAGUCUAGAUUGUCUUCUGAUGGUGUUUUAACAAUAAUAGCGCCACGGAAGGUGCCGCCGGCGGUUGAAGGCCAACGAAAUGUUCCGAUCACUCAGACCGGGCCUGUGCGUAAGGAGGUGAAGGAUCAAGCCAACGGAGACAAGGCUUAA